CCGCGGCAGGGGCGUGGUUUAGGUUUUAACCAGCCCACAGUCUGACUCGGCUUUACACUGAGAAAACAAGACACUCUCUUUGUCUAACAGGACGUUUCACACAACUGCAACCAUCUCAACGACCUCCAGAUGAUGCCGUGACCUCAGAGCUGCAGAGCAGAGGCUGUCUCAGGUGUCAGUGAUGGACGACCUGUGGUGCGUGGCUGCAGGUGUGUUCCAGGUGUGGAUGUUUGUGGUGGUGUUCUUCAUCAUGCUGCCCGCCAUGUUCGGCCUCUCCCUGGGCGUCACCGGGGUCUACAUCCAGAUCCUGGUCAGAAUCCUGGAGUGGGCCACGUUACGGAUCCAGAGAGGACGGCAGCAGCAGCCCAGUGUUCCUGUCCCUCUGCCCAACGGGAUCAUUGAGCGAGCGGGCGGCUCGAUGGAGGAGGAGAUGGAGCAGCUGCGGAGCUCUCGGUCUCUGGCCGGAGGAGAGUUCGCUCUGAGCGACGUCUUCUACUUCUACAAGAAAGGUGUGGAGAGCAUCGUGGACGACCAGGUGACCCAGCGCUUCUCCUCCGAGGAGCUGGCCUCCUGGAACCUCCUCACACGCACCAACCAGAACUUCCGCUACAUCAGCCUCCGCCUCACCGUCAUCUGGGGCCUCGGCGUCUUCGUACGAUACUGCGUCCUGUUCCCGCUCAGGAUCACUCUGGCCAUCAUCGGCCUCUCGUGGCUCGUGAUCGGAACGACUCUGGUUGGAUUUCUGCCUGAGAGCAGUGUGAAGAACUGGCUGAGUGAACUGGUCCAUCUGACCUGCUACAGGAUCUGUGCCAGAGGACUGUCAGCCACCAUCCACUACCACAACAAAGAGAACAAACCUCAGAAAGGAGGAAUCUGUGUCGCUAACCACACCACACCCAUCGAUGUUGUGAUUCUGGCCAAUGACGGCUGCUACGCCAUGGUGGGUCAGAUUCACGGAGGGCUGAUGGGAGUCAUUCAGAGGUCGAUGGUGAGGUCCUGUCCUCACGUCUGGUUCGAGAGGUCGGAGAUGAAGGACCGGCACACGGUGACCAGCAGACUCAGAGCUCACGUCACAGCAAAAACCAAACUGCCCAUCCUGAUAUUUCCUGAAGGAACCUGCAUCAACAACACUUCAGUCAUGAUGUUUAAGAAGGGAAGCUUUGAGAUCGGAGGAACCAUUUACCCCGUCGCUAUCAAGUACGACCCUCGCUUCGGAGACGCUUUCUGGAACAGCAGCAAAUACAACAUGGUCAGUUACCUGCUGAGGAUGAUGACCAGCUGGGCCAUAGUGGUCAACGUGUGGUACCUCCCUCCCAUGACCAUACAGGACGGUGAAGACGCAGCUCAGUUCGCCAACAGAGUGAAAUCUGCCAUCGCUGAGCAGGGAGGGCUGCUGGACCUGGCCUGGGACGGAGGACUGAAAAGAGGGAAAGUGAAGGAUUCGUUUAAAGAGGAGCAGCAGAAGAUGUACAGCAGCAUCAUCGUCAGACACGACGACACCAACUCCUCAAACUCCUGUAGUGGAAACACAGAGGAGCAGUGACUCUGAUCAUCAAUAUCUGGAUCAAUUCCUCCUGAUCAGGAGGCUGAAUCUGUUCCAUCACUGAGACUGUGUCCACCUUUUUAACUCUGAACCUCUGGAAACUGAAUCAGCUUUGUUGUUUUCCUGGAGUUUCCUGUAGGAGUGUGUUUGUUCCAGCAGGAGGCAGCGCAGCACAACACAUCAGCUGAUCCUCAGCCUGAGAGACAAUCAGCCAGACUUUACUCUGCUUUAUCUCCGUCACCAAAUCUGAUGUUUGAAAUGUUUGUAAGAAUAUUUUUUAAAGCAAAUGAACUGAA